GAUGCCAAACAACCAGUUAAACUCGCAAAAGUUACCAAAGUACUUGGUCGCACCGGUUCUCGUGGUGGUGUUACUCAAGUUAGAGUAGAAUUCAUGGACGAUGCUUCCCGCUCAAUUAUUCGUAACGUUAAAGGUCCCGUUCGUGAAAACGAUAUUCUAUGUCUCUUGGAAUCUGAACGUGAAGCCAGGCGUCUUCGUUAG